GAUUACCAAAGCAGUCAAAGUUGACGAUCAAUGUGGCAAACUACCUGUCAUCUGCGACGAGACGGAUACUGUUGUAUCUCAUGAAACACGGGAUCGAUGAUCCUCUAGAAUUCCCCCACUCGACUUCGACCAAAAAACCGCGUAUCUCGCGUGUGGGCAGGGCUGGUGUUCGCACGAAGGUGUAUACUACAGACUGGAGUAGCCGCCCACACAUGCGGGCCGCGUUAGCCUUUACCCUUGACCGCACAGGCGAGAACCUGGAAGAGUCACAUCCCCAGCCGUCGAGCUGAACGGGUCCUUGCCUUGCAAAGUGUAAUAACACAGAAGACCAUGAGCGAUACUAACACAGCCACAACUGCUUUAUUAUACAAAGUCCCCGUAGGACUACUCCGUAAAUUAUUGGACCGGCUGAAAGUGGUCAGUACAUACCUAUAUAUUAUGUAUCUCUUUCGACGGCUUCUUCCUCUUGUGAAACCUAUUAUCUCUACUUGCUUUUCACAUCUAUCCUACAUGGCUGUGAUUGGUGUAUUCUAAGCCGUCAUAUAUAAUUAUAUCCGUACUUACGUACCCUACUAACACCCCCAGCCCCUCACAAUGGACCAGGCCAACCUAGCCGCAGCCUGGCUCUCGUUCGGCGCCACGGCCGUCGGUCUAGGCGGGUUGAUCUCACAGGCAAGCGCCAUAAACGACCAGCUGGACCCAUACCACGCCAACCGCACAGCAGAGUAUCUCGGGAUAUGGUUCCAGCGACAACAGCGGUUCCCGUGGUGGCGGAUCGCGAAGCCGCCGCCCCUCGGGCCCGUCAUCGCCGCGCGCAUGGCCGACGGCUUCUGCGGCGUUAACGUCCUGCACGUCACGCGCAUCCCGGUAGUGGCGCCGGGGAAGGCGGGGUGGUCUACUGUUCUCGCGAUGUUCAACCACGAAGCGCCUGUGUUAGGGGGACUCGUGGAUGGGUAUUCCAGCGCCGGGGUUGUUGAAAAAGGGGGUUUGAACGGGGGAGGAGGAGGAAGACCGAAGAGCGCGGGGAGCGAUGGGAGUGUAGAUACCGCGGAGGUGUUGGCGGUGGGGAAGAGCGCGAGUUGGUCCCAGUUGGAACGCAGGUCGUUGAAGAGACAUCAGACGUAUGCGUGUAUUGUCAUUUCGCGCACCACGCUUAUUACGAUGCUCGCGGUGACGAAUGGACGCCCUGUGUUCCAGUAUAGUGACGCCACGGGGUUUCGUGCCGGAUACGCGUCGUAUUGUGGGCAGUGGUACAUAACCUGGCCCAUAGGCCAAGAAGCCAUAAUAAAAUUCGCCGCGCACGACAGCAUCGGGAAAUCCGAAGUCUUCCCCCGCGCAUUCACCCUGCGCGUCGACCGGUGCGGGCAGAUCGUCUCCGGCGUCGUCAGCUCCCCCACCUCCGCCUUCGCCGUCGGCUUCUGCGGCCGCAAACCCGCCGGCGACUACCGGUUGCAGUACUCGCCUAAGGGGUUCCAAGGCGCGCAUUCGGGGCGCCAUUUGUUUAAUAUGAUGGGUGGAAAAGCGUUUGAGGUCGAUUUCCUGGAUGCGAGGAAACAGACUGGUGUAGAGUCGGAUUUCGCUGCUGCUGUGCAUAAUGGGUAUGAGAGCGGGUUUUUGUUGACCGAUAGUGGGAGGGAUGUGGUGUUGGAUCUCCCCGGGAAGGCGGACGGACAGCUUACUGUGCGGAUGCUGGUUCCGGCGCCUGAAGUCGAUGUCCUGCUGCACGCGCUGGACUGUCUUCCGUGGACUUCGCUGUCGUGGAGUAUGCACCGCGGGCUGCGGGAUAUACUUCUCGCGUUUUCUAAGCCGGUUAUGGAUUUACACCGUGCUGCGUUGGCGUCUAUUAUUAGGAACACCGUGGAGAAGCACGGGGAUGUGUUGCGCACGAGGGGGUGGGAUGCGGAUUUUGUGAGGAAUAAUAUGGGGUUUAUGGGAUCUAGCGCGAUUAUGGCUGGGCGGGGGAACUCAGGGGAUUCGGUGAGGGUUGUGACUGAUGUUGUGGCGGUGUAUGUCGGGGACUGGGAUAUCGCGAAGUUGGAUGAGGUGUCGUUCUGGAGGGGGAAUGUUCGGGAUGUAAAGGAGUUGGAUAAGCAGGCCGUGGUUGCGUUGACGAAAGUAUUUGUGCUGGAAUGGAGCCAGGAGUUUGAUUACCAGCUUUAUCAUCACUUGCCCAUAUCACUUUAUUUUGGGUGAUGGGUUGGAUUGGUGUGGAAGACGAGGGCAUGAUAUUGACGAGUUUGGAAGCUUUGAGAUGGUAUGACGAUAUGAACAUAAAAUGAACGAGAUUGCAUGGGUUGGCCAUGUGGUAUAUGUAUAGCAAGCAUAGAUAUCCCUCUUAUUUAUUUGUCAUAUUCAA